UGCCUACCUUAAGGAGUGCGCUACCACCAUGGAGUUCUCCGGACGUUGCCUGUUGCCCCUCCAGAAGACCCAUGUGAGAUACACCGGAGUUGGGCUCCUCAUCUACCUCGCCUGUCUCUACGAUCCUGCGGCUUCUCAGCGGGUUCCUCUCCAGCUGGUGGGUGGACCACACCGCUGCGCCGGUAGAGUUGAAGUGUUUUACGGCAACAGAUGGGGAACCGUGUGUGGAAACCAGUGGGGCUUAAAGGAGGCCGAAGUUGUGUGCCGCCAGAUGCGCUGUGGACAAGCCCUCUCGGCCUCCACACCUGGUCAGGUUGAGGCCGGCACUGGACCCGUCUGGCUCUCCGACGUCAACUGCACGGGGACGGAAAUCGCGCUCUCCCACUGCAGAGUGAAGGUGGAGGAAAAGAGCAACUGCGACCACGGUGACGAUGUCGGCGUGACGUGCUCAGACCCAUCCGGCCACCCGCCAGACCAUCCUCCUCAUGCCCCAGCACUCCGCCUCGCGAACGGUCCGAACCGCUGCUCCGGGAGAGUCGAGCUGCUGCACGAGAACCAGUGGGGAACCGUGUGCGACGACGACUGGGGCUUUCUGGAGGCCCAAGUGGUGUGUCGGCAGCUGAGCUGCGGGACGCCAAUCGCGGCGCCGGGCUCGGCUCACUUCGGCAAGGGAUCCGGCCGCGUCUGGCUGGACAAUGUCCAGUGCGCUGGGACGGAAGGUUCCCUCUCUGAGUGCCAGGCCAGGCCUUGGGGCGUGCACAACUGUGACCACGGAGAAGACGCUGGGGUUGUGUGCACUGACGCAGCCACCCAAGCGUUGCCUGAGUUGCGCCUGCAGAACGGCUCGGGGCGAUGCUCGGGGAGAGUGGAGGUGCUUCACGACUACCUCUGGGGAACGGUGUGUGACGACAACUGGGGUCUACGCGAGGCCGCCGUGGUGUGCCGGCAACUGGGUUGCGGGGCGGCGGUCUCGGCGCCCGGCUUGGCGCACUUCGGACAAGGGUCUGGCCGCGUCUGGCUGGACGACGUGAACUGCACGGGGGCAGAAACUGCCCUUUCUCAAUGCCCGGCCAGGCGCUGGGGGUCCAACGACUGCGACCACCGGGAGGACGCUGGUGUGGUGUGCUCAGAGUUGGACGCUUCGGGGCAAUCAACGCUCAGGCUGGUAAAUGGAUCCACCAACUGCACCGGGCGAGUCGAGGUUCUUCACGACCAGCGAUGGGGAACCAUAUGCGAUGACACCUGGGACCUAAACGAUGCCUCGGUCGUGUGCAAGGAGCUGGGGUGUGGCAUGGCUCUGUCAGCCUUGGAAUCCGCCCAUUUUGGGAAAGGAUUAGGCCCCAUUUGGCUGGACAGCGUCCACUGCAGAGGAACCGAAUCCACCUUUGCAGAGUGCAACCUGAGAGGCUGGGGAGAACAUAAUUGCGGCCAUGAAGAAGACGCCGGUGUGGUGUGCUCAGGCUUGCAACAGCUGCGGCUGCAGGACGGCCCAAGCUCCUGCGCGGGGCGCGUGGAGGUCCUCUACAACGCGACGUGGUAUGGAGUGUGUGACACCAGCUGGAGCUUGCUGGAAGCAGACGUGGUCUGCAGGCAGCUGGGCUGUGGACCAGCACGGUCUGCACCCGUUGGGGACCAGUUUGGUCGGGACAAAGGCCUGGCCUUGCUGGAAGGGCUGAACUGCCGGGGCCCAGAGCCUUUCCUCCUGGCCUGCCAGCAGAACAAGGUGGAGCUGGGGCUCUGUCACCACGGCUCUGCAGCUGGCGUGGUGUGUGCUGAGCUGAUAGGUGAGUUCUUCUGCACCCUUUGUGGAGCACCGGCACUGCUCCGCUCGCACCAGUGGUCAACUGGUUUCCAGGAGAAGCUCAGGCACCAAACUGAGAAGACAUGUUGGGGUGAAGAAUCUUGUCUAUCUCCAAGGAUCCUUUGCAGGAAGGGGGAGAUGUUGUCAGAAGUCUUCUUGGUAGGGAGAAUUAGGUACCUCACGGAGUCCUGCUCCAUGCUGGCGGGGGUCCUCGGCGUGGUGGCCGUGCUGUGUGGGAUCCUGAUGGUGCUGUAUCUGUGGAUGAGGUGUGGAAGAUGGGACGCGUGCUCCCCGGCGUCCUGGUUUGCCGGGGGGACACGACGCUCUGCUGGUGUCUCUUAUGAGGAUGAUCAAGUUCAACCUCCAUCCCACGGUGAAAUGGUGAGCAUGGAGAUUCCAGGCUGCCUCCAUCCCUCAGCCAGAUACCACUGGGGCGGCGACCAACCCACCUGCACUAGGACCAAGAGCGCAGGGAUCCUCCUGCUGAUGGCGUGUCUUUGGGGCUUGGCAAACUCAGCUGCUCCACACGCAGUUGAAGUUCGCCUGGUGAACGGCCCCAGCCACUGCGCCGGGCGAGUCGAGGUGCUCUACAACGAGACCUGGGGCACGGUGUGCGAUGACAGCUGGGGUCUGUCCGAGGGCCAGGUGGUCUGCAGGCAGCUGGGCUGCGGGGCGGUGCUCUCCAUCUCCCAAGGGGCUCGCUAUGGAGAAGGCACGGGUCAAAUCUGGCUGGACGAGGUGAACUGCACAGGAGCAGAAGGGGACCUCUCCGAAUGCCACGUCAAGAAAUGGGGAGAGCACAACUGUCACCAUGUGGAAGAUGCCAGCGUUGAGUGUGCAGACUCCGGUAUUUCCGAGCUGGGCCCGCUCCAGCUGCUCAACGGCCCCAACCGCUGUGCUGGGAGAGUGGAGGUGCUGCACAACCACCUGUGGGGCACCGUUUGCGACGACAACUGGGACCUCGCGGACGCGGCGGUGGUGUGCCGGCAGCUGGGCUGCGGGACGGCGCGCGCCGCCGUGAGCGGGGCUCACUUUGGGAGAGGCCACGACAGGAUCUGGUUGGACGAGGUGAACUGCACGGGCACAGAGGCCUCCCUCUUCGAAUGCCGAGCCAGCGCCUGGGGAGACAACAACUGCUACCACGGAGAGGAUGCUGGGGUGAUAUGUUCAGCCUCCGAGAUGUUCGCCAUGGACAACGUUCGCCUAGUCAACGGUUCGAAUCACUGCAACGGAAGGGUGGAGAUCUUCCACAACGACACCUGGUUGCCCGUGUGUGACGACGACUGGGGUUUUGCUGAAGCGCGAGUCGUGUGCAGGCAGCUGGGCUGUGGGGCAGCGCUGGGAACUCCAGGCAGCUCCCAGUUUGGAGAAGGAACCGGAAGAAUGUGGCCGGACACCGUGAAGUGCAUAGGCACAGAAGUUGCCCUCGCCGCGUGCCAGAUGAGACCUCGGGGAAGCAACGGUUGUCAUCAUGGAACACACGCUGGUGUGGUGUGUUCAGUUAACGCCAGGGACAACCGGGUCCGACUGGUGAACCACGCGAGUCGCUGCGCCGGCCGGGUCGAAGUGUUUUAUCAAAACCAGUGGGGAACCGUGUGCGACGACGGCUGGGAUUUACUGGAUGCUGGGGUCGUAUGCAGGCAGCUGGACUGUGGGAUCGCACUCUCAGCCCCAGGAGACGCCCAGUUUGGGCGAGGGACUAACUUGAUUUGGUUGGACGAAAUCAACUGCAUCGGAUUCGAGUCCACCUUGGCCGAGUGCAAGGCGAAACCGUGGGGAGUAAAUAACUGCUACCACGGGGAAGACGCUGGGGUGGUGUGCUCAGACUCUCUUAUUGCAGAGCCCGCUCAACUUCGGCUCACAAACGGCUCAAACCGCUGUGCUGGCAGAGUCGAGGUGCUUCACGACGAGCAGUGGGGAUCCGUGUGCGACCACGGAUGGGACAACCGUGACGCUGAGGUCGUGUGUCGGCAGCUGGGCUGUGGGACGGCGCUGUCCACCUCAGGCGAAGCCUACGCCGGUGCGGAACCUCUCCGCAUCUGGCUGGACAACAUGAGCUGCACCGGGACAGAAACGGCCCUUAAUAAAUGCAGGGCAAGUCCGUGGGGAAAUAGUAGCUGCAGUCACGGAAAAUACGCCACCGUGGUAUGUUCAGGCUCGGCGGUGUCCAGCUUCGCUCCAGUCCGACUGGUCGACGGCCCGGGUCGCUGCGCUGGGAGAGUCGAGGUGUUCCAUAAGGAGCAGUGGGGAACGGUGUGCGACGACAGCUGGGACUUCCUGGACGCGGCGGUGGUGUGCAGGCAGCUCGGCUGCGGCAUGGCGAUAGCGGCUCCCUGGAGGGCUCUCUUUGGUCGGGGGCAGGACCCCAUCUGGCUGGACGAGGUCAACUGCACGGGGACAGAAGCCGCUCUCUCCCAGUGUAAGGCCAAAGACUGGGGAGUCCACGGCUGUGACCAUGGAGAAGACGCCAGCGUGGUGUGCUCAGAUCCACAGACUCCAAGCACGGGUGACCUGCGGCUCGUGAACGGCCCGAAUCGCUGCUCUGGGAGAGUGGAGGUGCUUCACGACCACAAGUGGGGCACUGUGUGUGACGACGGCUGGGAUCUGAACGAUGCCACGGUGGUGUGCCAGCAGCUUGGCUGUGGCGCGGUCAUCUCAGCUCCUGGCCGGGCGUAUUUUGGCCAGGGACAAGACCCUAUUUGGCUGGACAGAGUGGCCUGUGCAGGGACAGAAACUGCCCUCUCGAAAUGCUGGGCAAAGCCAUGGGGACAGCAUAGUUGCACUCAUGCAGAAGACGCCAGCGUGGUGUGCUCAGGUCCUUCAGAUCCAGGCACUACGAACGUGACCACCAUCCGACUGAUGAACGGCCCGCAUCACUGUGCCGGGAGAGUAGAGGUGCUUCACAACCAGAAGUGGGGAACCGUGUGUGACGACGGCUGGGACGUAAGCGACGCCACCGUGGUCUGCCGGCAGCUGGGCUGCGGGAGAGCGCUAUCGGCCUCGAAACAGGCUCUCUUUGGACAAGGCUCUGGCCACAUCUGGCUGGACAGAGUUAGUUGCACUGGGAGCGAAAAUGCCCUCACUGAGUGCUCGGCCAGACCCUGGGGCAUCAACGGCUGCAGUCAUGAAGAAGAUGCUGGUGUUGUGUGCUCAGGCCCAAACACCGCAGUGCAGGCCCAGGUCCGCCUGGUAAAUGGCCCGAACCGCUGUGCCGGGAGAGUGGAGGUGCUUCACAAGGACCAGUGGGGAACCGUGUGUGAUGACGGCUGGAAGCUCAGCGAUGCCAUGGUGGUGUGCAGGCAGCUGGGCUGCGGGACGGCGGACUCGGCCUUCACUGGCGCUCACUUUGGGCAAGGCUCAGGUCCCAUCUGGCUGGACGACGUGACCUGUAUGGGGAAUGAAGGUGCCCUCUCCCAGUGCAGGUCCCGCCCGUGGGGACAGAAUAACUGCAACCAUGGAGAAGACGCUGGCGUGGUGUGCUCAGACGCCAGUUCCACGGCAGAAGUACAAGUUCGCCUGGUGAAGGGCCCGAACCGCUGUGCCGGCCGCGUGGAGGUGCUUCAUAAUGACCGGUGGGGCACUGUGUGUGACGACAACUGGAAUUUAAGGCAAGCCAAGGUGGUGUGUCGGCAGCUGGGCUGCGGCACAGCGGUCUCAACGCCCGCCGAGGCUCACUUUGGGAAAGGGUCGGACCCCAUCUGGCUAGACGGGGUGGAGUGCACAGGCGCCGAGGCCACGCUCGCCGAGUGCCACCUCAACACGUGGGGCGUCCACGACUGCAGCCACGAGGAAGACGCGGGAGUCGUGUGCUUAGACACGUCUCCCUUGCAGCUGCGGCUGCAGGAUGGCCCUGGACGUUGCGCGGGGCGCGUGGAGGUCCUCUACAACGCGACGUGGUAUGGAGUGUGUGACACCAGCUGGAGCUUGCUGGAAGCAGACGUGGUCUGCAGGCAGCUGGGCUGUGGACCAGCACGGUCUGCACCCGUUGGGGACCAGUUUGGUCGGGACAAAGGCCCGGCCUUGCUGGAAGGGCUGAGCUGCGCGGGCACUGAGUCGCUCCUCUUAGAGUGCCAGCAGAGCAAGAUGGGCCCGGCGCCGUGCACGCACGGCUCUGCAGCUGGCGUGGUGUGCACCGACCCGAAAGACUCUCCCAAGUCCUGCUCCGUGCUCAUAGCACUGCUCGUCCUCACCAUGAUGCUCUCCGGGGUGCUGCUGUGGCUGGUCUUGAGGAGAAGGUGUUCUAGAAGAGCAGCCCAAAAUUCAGAUCACGCACGGAUGACGGAGCUGAGCAGUUCGGUGACGCCCUUCUGCUCCAUGGGAGCCAUCUACCACCCUGCAAAGGCCGAGCCCGCCGAGGAUCCCAACAGCGAGACGGCUCAACUGGUGAAGGAGGACGCUGCCCUUUGACACCAGCACGGCCCGAGCGCGGCGCUCCCUGCUCUGCUGGCACCUCGCGUCACCAGGGUCCCCAGCAAGGCCCGUUCCUCAGGCUGCGGGGACCUCUCACUCCUCCCUUUGCCCACCUCUGCAUCGAGCGCGCGUCUCUCGGCUCCCUUUGGGAGCCCCUUCUUACCCCCGAGCAGCUGCAGGCCUGCAAUGUGGAACCAGGUUCUCCAGAGCAUGGAGUCAAAGACGCUGAAAGGCUCCCCAGGAGACUGCAAGAGAGAGCUGAGAAGGGUGGACGUUCAUAGCAGCACCAAAGGUCGCCCUCGAAGCCCUGAGAUAGCUGGUUAAGGCAGGCUUAGCCUCCUGGUGUUUGUUUAAGCCCCGCUGGGACGCUCUGCACAGCUCCAGGAGACUGGAAGAAGCCUCAGGGUUAGGUUGGUGGGUACGAGACCCGGCGGGACAACUUGAACGUGGCGGCAAAG